AUGAUUUCAAUUGUUUCCGGCGGCCUCUUCAUGAGUAUACUCCUCGCACGGAUUAUCUCUGGGGUUGUCACCCAGUACGAAAGUUGGCGAAUCGUGUAUUGGAUCUCCUUCGGCCUACAGUAUCUUAUGCUGAUCAUGCUCUUUUUAUUCCUCCCCGAUUACCCUCCGGUCCACUCGUCUGGCCACAUCACCUAUUUCAAGAUUAUUUAUACCAUCGUUAUGAUUCCCUUACGACAACCACUUCUCGUGCAAACGAGCAUGAUGGCUUUCUUCGUUGGCGCCGCAGUUGUCUCGUACUGGACCGUUCUCACCUUCUUGCUAUCAUCGUCCAUCUUCAAUUUAUCCACAUUGGCAAUCGGACUUUUCGCCCUCGUUGGAAUGCUGCCGUUUCUCAUCAUCCUGUCCUCUCAAGCUUCAUCACCGACCGCUACCACCCGGCGUACAGUGCAAUCAUCGCCAUUAUGA